CGCGGUCGGGAAGGAGCGGAAACGACAUUGUACGUUAGCCCACCGAGCUGAAGGGGUCGCGGAGCUGAAGCGCAGUGGGAACUUUGAGCUCCGCACGCUGUUCGGUUUUAUUUAAGUGUCUCCUGCAAAAGAACCGCACCGCCUACGAUGCUGAGAAGAACACACACAUGAGGACAGCCUUCACCCAGGUACUCCACGCCCACUGAUCACCUAGCAGCCCCUGCCUCUGAGACGUUGCGCCCACCUGGCCCCGUCCUCCAGACAUGGCUGAUGCCGAGAAGGCUAACAAGCUCCCAGAAUGCCCCUCAGAGGGCGGGGCCACAGCAGAGGAGCAGGACAUGCCCCUGAGAACCGAAACAUCGCCCACAAGCUCUCCUACUUGCGAAGAGCCAAUCAGCGGUCAGAGCCCUGCAAGGCCGCAGCCCCCCGGCCUGCUUUCCAUGCCCUGUUUGCUGAAGGAGCUGCGCAGAGACUCUUCCCCUGACCAGCCCCUGGAAACAAUGCCUGCAUCUUCUACCGAUACCAACACCACCAGUCAGCUCUGCCCACCAGAGGACAGCGAUUCAUCCAUCUGCCUGCGCUCUCCCUCCUCCUCUGGUCACUUAGGUGACUCGGACACUCUCUCGUCUGCAGAAGAGGCAGCAGAGCCCGCCUCUGCCCCGGUCGCUGCAGGCAGCAGGAAGCCAUCACGGCGCUCCCGUUCUGAGAGCGAUGCGCCCGGCAUUGGUAUGGCAGCCAAGAAGAACCGCUGUCAAGAAAAACAGGUGAAUGGGCGGAGUCGGGGACGGGGCCAACGCAGCCAGCGGCAGAAAGAGCGCAUGCGUAUGCUUCGGCAGAAACGAGAGGCAGCAGCCCGGCGCAAACCAGACCUGCUCCAGGAUAGCAGCACCAGCGACAGUGACAUCACUGCACACUCUUCGUCAUCCUCUUCAUCAUCGGCAUCGUCAGACAACGAGGGAGGGGCGAUCAACUCACACCAGCCAGCUGGUCGCCGUGGAAACGACACCAUCUCCGGACUGCUGGAAGGGGGCGUGGCCAGCGGCAGCCUGGGUGGGGUCCUGGAGGAAGCCCUGACGCGGUUGGCUGCUAUGCAGAGGCAGACGGAGGAGCGUUUCCGUGUGUGGAUGGAGAGGCUGAGCCGCCUGCACUCGGACGACGAUGAUGACGAGAGCGAGCCACGGUCCGGCGCGGAGCCUGGGGGGCGGAGCCGCGACAGCUCUUUCCUGCCCUCGUCAGAGUCGCAGGAGACAUUGGCCGCCUAUCAGAUGGCACGCCUGAGCGGUGCCCCGCCCCUUACAGCCCAGAGCACCACACUCAACGGCAACCUCAACGGCAUUGUGGACUCCCCCGACCCCAACCUGCUGAAUGCAUAAAGAGGGGUGCGACUGUCGAGGAUGAAUGGAAAGUUGUGUAGAAAAACUGGGUCGCCCAAGAAAGCCAUGAUCUAAAGACAGAAAACCACCCCCACCCAUCUAUCCACACUGUUACUGUCUUGUGCUCUCUCUGUCUGUCUCUCUCUCUCUCUCUCUCUCUCUCUAUAUAUAUAUAUAUAUAUAUAUAUAUAUAUAUAUAUAUAUAUAUAUAUAUAUAUAUAUAUAUAUAUAUAUAUAUAUAUCCCUUCAGCCAUACAGUCUUACCCUCACUCGCACUUCCUUCCCAUACCUCUACCCACAAUUUCUCUCUCACUCUCUCUCUAUUCAGUUUUAGUCACAGUUCUUCUAUCUAACCUCCCCUCUUUCUACACUGUCUUGCUGUAUCACUGUAUCUCUACCACUCUCCUCAUCCUUAAUUCAGACAGUUUUUACUGUCUCUUUCUCUCCCCAUAUCCAUCCGUCCCUUCCUUCCGCCUCAUAUCCUUCCCUUUGUCCACACACCUGCCCACCCUACGCCUCCUCUAGGGGACGCUCUUCAGUGUGUGUGCCUUGAGGAUCACUUUUGUUCUUCUCACACCUGCUCUGGUGUUGGAUUGGACAAAUUAUACAUAACCAGCUCACUCGGACACUCAGACGCCUCAGGAUGUCCCGGUAGAGGCGGGUUACUGCCCACAGCCCUGCGCUUUAUGCUGGAAUGGACUUUCUCUUUUUUCUUUUUUUCUUUUUUCUUUUAGUUUUCUGUCCAAAAGAUCGACCAAAGAACUCUGAACUGUUAGUCUGGAUUAGAUUAGAUUUGAUUUGGGUUUAGUUUGGUUUAGGGGUUUUAUUUUAUUAUUAUAUUAUUGCAGCACAUGCAUGUAAUGAGCUGAAACUAUAAGGAGUGAUAAUGCAUGAAUAGCAACACUGUGGUGUUAGUACUAACAUAAUUGACCUACUGUUACACACACACACACACACACGCACAUACACACGUGUUUGAACUAUUCACAUAUUCUGUUACAGAAUUGUCAUACAAAGGGCAAAUCCACCAGUUUUACAAAUGUCUGCCAAAUUUAAUAUUUGAAAUAUAAACAAUGUUAUUCAAAGUGGGAAAAACUCCAUUCUUGAGAAACUUGCCAGUUUAAAAUAGUUCCAAGUUAACAUGUCAGAAGGAUUGUUUAUUUUGUUGGUGUUGGGAUGAAACACUCUUUAUUUUGAACCAUAUUAUUGUCAUUUUAAAACCAUUUAAUGCCACUGUCAUAAACACAUUGUACAAUAAGCCAAUAACAAUUUUUAUUACAUGCUUAUGCAUUUACAGUGGUAGGUAACUGGUGGUUUAAUUGUAUUUUGAAAGCUAAAUAACAAAUGUUUGUAAACCAGUAUUUGUGAAAUACAUUGUUUGAUGUCCAACACACUGUUGCCAUAAUUUUAAUAGAACAUGUUGGCCUAAUAUGCAUAUUUAUUACUUUUCAUAAUCCAUCUAUUGUGGAUUGAUGCAUGCAGUUUGUGUAAGGCAAACUAUUCCGUAAAGUGAUUUUACCAUUAUAACAUUAUUUAAGAGAAAAAUCGACAUACAGGAAAUGUUCAAAAGUUGCUGCAGUAACAGCUGCUGCACAGGUUAGCUAUUUGGCUAUUUGGUUGGAUUCACUGCCACAACACAGGAUAAAUUCACACCAAUCCCCCACUCUGAAUGACUGUUUACAUUUCAUUUAGGGAAAUAUGCAGAAAUUCUGGAAAAUGCAGUUUCUUUAUUUAAAGCAGAUGUCCGCACACACAGCAAAUCAUGUGUAGUCUAUAACAUAGUAAACUAAGAGGCAAUGGCAGUGAUUUUAACAGGCUUUUACUGUUUUAUUUAACUAGUUUUAAACUCAGUAGUUAUUUGUGCAUACACGACAAUGCAAAAGUGCAUUAAGGAGAAUGUUUACACACAUGCGUACACUCACACACACACACACAUGCACACACUCUUAACGGCAGGGCUAAUAGAAGAAGGUUUACAUUUGACAGUUUUCCUUCACCAAGGAAAGUGAUUUGAGUGAUUGAACUGUAGGAUGAAGGUUUUAGAAUGAAUGGGUUUUCUUAUGACUUACUUUUUUUUCUUCUUUUUAUUAGCAUUAGCAUUUUGUGCCAUGUUUGAGUGCCUGAUCCAAAUUAAAGAGAAUAAGAUGUCA